CAGUGAAAGCUGCGCUGACAGCUCGCGGUGGGUCGCGCGCGCGGAGAUUCACAAUAUCGUGACGGAGCUUUUCGGGCGGAACGUCGUGGACCUUUCCACGCGAGUUUAGAGGGUCAGUCGAAGCCCUGCAGAUGCUGGAUCGCCGGUUGCAGUUGCAGAUCGGUUGUUAGCCAUCUGCCGGGGGCUAACAUGGAGCGAGAGGGCUCAUUUAGGAGGAUCUCAAGGAGCCUCCACAACAAGCUGCGGCUGGGCACCGGCUCGUCCUCCAGCCUCACCGACCUCUCGCAGGCGAAAAGUUCAUCAGGAGGUGGGGAGAAAGGAGGGUCGGCUGGGGGGCUGUCAGAGGAGAGCGGGAGGAACAAAGAGACUCAGCAGAGGAGGGCCGGAGCUAAUGCCACCUGGAACAGCAUCCACAAUGCGGUGAUCUCGGUUUUCCAGAAGAAAGACCUGGGAGAAAAUGAGCUCUACAUCCUGAAUGAAGGCGUCAGGCAGCUGCUGAAGACUGAGCUGGGCUCCUUCUUCACAGAGUACCUGCAGAAUCAGCUCCUCACCAAAGGCAUGGUCAUACUGAGGGACAAGAUUCGCUUCUAUGAAGGUCAGAAGCUGUUGGACUCCUUGGCAGACACGUGGGAUUUCUUCUUCUGUGAUGUUCUGUCCAUGCUGCAGGCCAUUUUCUACCCUGUGCAGGGAAAGGAGCCUUCAGUGCGUCAACUUGCUCUCCUCCACUUCAGGAACAUCAUCACCCUCAACCUGAAACUGGAUGAGGCAUUGUCUCGACCUCGAGCCAGAGUUCCCCCCUCCAUCAUUCAAAUGCUGAUGAUACUACAGGGAGUCCAUGAAUCCAAAGGUGUAACAGACGACUACCUUCGUCUGGAGUCUCUCAUCCAGAAGGUAGUCUCUCCGUAUUUGGGGACUCAUGGUUUAUACUCCAGAGACGAAUCCUCCAAUUUGCACUGCUCAUCCUGCUUGUUAGAAAAGAAGUUGCAGUACUCAAGGGCUCCCAAACCACACAUUUCUCCCAUUGUGAAGAAUCCAGUGGUCCGCUCUAAGAGCUACAACGUUCCCAUGCUGACUCCUGUUGUUGAGUAUGACAUAGACUCAUCCUCAGGUGGCAACACCGGCAUCAGACGGCACUCCGUCUGUGAGAUGCCCUCUUGCAUGGAGGAGAGCAGCUCAAUGAAUAAAUGCGCUGCUAGGAUGACUGAUGACAUCAGCGUUUCAAACUCCUCCACAGCGUCAACCACUUCUGCUGCACUGACAGACACUUUAACAUCCAGUCAAGACCUCCAGCUCCGAGACGACGACAGCCCCUCCAUGCUCCACCCUCUCAAACCACAGCAGCCCUCUCCAAGCAUCCUCCCCGACCCGUCUCCAGCUGAGGACGCUCAUUGUACUGGCUCGCUGGAGUUUGACUCUCUGUCAUCCUCCAAGGUUCUUGCGCAAGACACGAGUUCUGGUCCCAGUCCGGCGUCCAGCAUAGAGAUGACGGCAGACCACAACACAGAGUCUCUGGACUCGGAGCAGGAACCAGACGGGAUCUUUCUGGACUUCUCGCACCACUGCUCAGGGGACUGUGAUGGGCAGAGUGUCGCCUGACACACACACAGGCGCACACAGCUCAUUAUUUAAAGCGUUAACACUGCUGAGCCGUGAGAAAUUUUCCUUGCACUAUUUGAUGUCCUUAGUAGUUUUCUAAAGACUCUAGAGAUUCUUUCAGACUGAAGUAUUUUUGUAAGUUGAUCACUAAAUACGUGAGGCAUUUUUGACCCUAAUGUGAUAUUAUCUUGUUUUAUUAUAUUUAAAAUCUGAGUAAAAAAAAAACCAAGUAAUUAUAAAAUUCAAACUUUAUAUUUAUUUUUUAAGAAAAAACCUCAAACUAUUUUGAUAAUUGUUUGUAAUUCUCUGUGUUUUCAAAUGUUAAACUCUUACAUCACGACCGUGCCUUUUGCUGGAUUAACUUUCUAUUCAAAAACUACAGUCUUUUACAUUUGAUCUGUGAAGAGUUUUAAUGUCUAAUGAUUUUAUGUAACUGUCAGCAUCUCUAUCAAAGUGUCAAUUUAGUCCUCGAUAAAGUGAAUGUCACUGCAAAUUUGUGAACCUGUGAAAUCAAAUUUUUUAUUUGAGGAUAUGCGUUUCAUUUACCUCAGAAGUUGGAAAUUGGAGCUGCGAUCGACAUCACAUCCGAGAGUACAUAGUUGGAGAGCUUAGGAUUUCAACAUAGCAACACCAAAGCACAUAGUUUUAGAGUUUACUUUCCUUAAGUAAUACACCCUAGCUACAGACAGUCACAGUUUCUCCCACUUUCAGAGCAAUAAGUCCAACAUUUGGGGGUGCGCCAAUCACUGAUAAACUAAAUGUAACUAUUUUUAAGUUCGGAAAUCAGUUUUCCUGGGUUUUAAACAAAAUUUAAAAAAUCUUUUAAUUCAACUUAUAAUGCUUAAAUCUGUUUGAAAGGAAGAAAGGGAUCCAUUUAUCCAAAGGUCCUGUACUUCUGUUUGGUUUUAGAAUAAAUCACAGCACUAAAACUGUUUUAAACAACCUCCUUGUAAUGGCUUUAUUUCUAUGCUAAGUCUCAAAUCUCCAUUCAGCACACAGACUAGGAGAUUUCAUUGGAAUUUGAAUUGGUAUAAUUUGUAUUUAUGUGGUUGAUUCCACUUUGUGUUGGUUCACAGCAUAUUAACCCACUACUUCCAGUAUCACACAUGAAUAUUCACUUGGAUCCCCUCUGUAUAAUGUGAACCCCAAUGUGUAAGAGAAACUGCAUAUAAUGUUGGCGUAUUAGGCAGGCUCACAUUGUUUCUGUCUAAUCAUGAAUUGAAACGCAUGCAUUUCUGGGAUUUAUGGUAAAAGAAAUGAUCACUUAGUGUUCACUUUUUUAUAAUUUUCUACAACUUAAGUGACAAAGUGUAAAAAUGUCAUUCACAAAAUUUAAAUAUGUCUCCACACACAGAUAGAAAUAUAGAAAUCGAUAGGUAGAUGUCGAUAGAUAUCGAUCGAUAGAUGUUCAUUUGAGAUUCUCCUAUGUAUGGAAGCUUUUGUCCCAUCCCAUGUGUCAUGUGACAUAAGAGAAUGUCACAUGACACAUAAGCUUCCAUACCUAGGUAUGGAAGCUUAUUUCCCAUCCUAUGUGUCAUGUGACCAUAAUCACAUGACACAGCCCCCCUUGUCAUCGGGGGUCAAACAGGCCUUUCAUGACCCUACAU